UGUGUCUGAAAGAGCGUUGAUGGAUGUGCUCUGACACGUUUCUUCUCCUUCCUUUCUUCUUCUUCUUCUCCUCCUGGAGCUCGGAGGCUGCUGCUCCGUCUCUCCCUCCCUCCCUCUGCUGGGCACCACCGGGGGGAUGAAUGGGGAGGCGAUGGAGGGGAACCCGGUGCAGGAACAGCAGCAUGCCGGUAACGGCUCACACCUCCCUCCCCCUCCCACCAUCACGCCUGCCAUCCCUCCCUACGUGAAGCUUGGUCUGACCAUCGCCUACACCAUCUUCUACUCGCUGCUCUUCGCCUUCGUCUACGCCCAGCUCUGGCUGGUGCUGCGGUACCGACACAAGCGCUUCAGCUACCAGACGGCCUUCCUGUUCCUGUGUCUGCUGUGGGCCGCCCUGCGCGCCCUCCUCUUCUCCUUCUACUUCAGGGACUGUGUGACCGCCAACGCUCUCGGACCCUUCGCCUUCUGGCUGCUGUACUGCUUCCCCGUCUGCCUGCAGUUCUUCACGCUCAGCCUCAUGAACCUCUACUGUGCACAGGUUUACUUCAAGGCAAAGUCCAAGUACUCACCUGCACUGCUCAAGUACAGACUUCCGCUGUACCUGGUCUUCUUGGGCGUCAGUCUUCUCUUCCUGGUGGUGAACCUGGUCUGUGCCCUGCUGGUCAAAAUGACCGCCGCUGACGUCAAGACCAUCGUCCUGGUGAGGGUCACCAUCAACGACAGCCUGUUCGUCCUCUGUGCCGUCUCGCUGUCCGUCUGCCUCUACAAGGUCGCCAAGAUGUCGCUGGCCAACAUCUACCUGGAGUCAAAGGGAACGUCAGUGUGCCAGGUGACUCUGAUCGGCAUCAUGGUGGUGUUUCUGUAUGCAUCGCGAGCCUGUUACAACCUGGUGGUGCUCGCCCUCACCAACAUCGAGACCAUCAACUCCUUCGACUAUGACUGGUACAACGUCUCAGACCAGGCGGACUUGCGGUCGUCGCUGGGAGACGCUGGUUACAUCGUGUUCGGGGUGAUUCUGUUCGUCUGGGAGCUGCUGCCCACCUCGCUGGUCGUCUUCUUCUUCAGGGUCCGACGGCCGCCUCAGGAAAGGAGCACCGCUGGGAUACCAAACCACGUUCUCUCCUCCAGAGGAUAUUUCUUUGACAAUCCUCGGCGGUACGACAGUGACGACGACCUGGCAUGGAGCAUUCCUCCCCAUAAUGCAUCAGCAAGUCUUUCCUCCGACUGCUACGACUGGGGCAGCCGCCACAGCAGCUUCACUGUGCACACCAACAGCGACGAACAGCGCCUGACCACCGCCGCCGCCACCGGAGGAGAGCUCCACCCUUACCCAUGAUUCCUCUCUUCACUGUACAGCAUCACUGUGCACUUUGACACCGAUCAGUUAUUGUGUUUCUUCUUCUCACUGACAUUCCAGUUUGUAAAGUCACAGUAGAGAAUUUAGAGAAAAACAGCAGACCAGGAGGAUCCUGCACAGGUGGAGCUGAAGUCCCGCCCCUUCCUGUCGUACCAAAUAAGGUCCACGAGGGAAACAGGAGGGGGUGGGGCUUCAGCUCUUUAUAAACAUUUUCAUCCUCUGUGGUUUUUCAUCCUUAACUUAGUUAAAAUCUUCAGUCUUCACUUUACUUUGAAUGUAGCUGCUUCAUAUCAAGGUUUAAAUAAGAGAUCAAUAAUCAAAAUCACACGAACGAGCUGACGACGACAAAGGGAACCAAAAAACACAAGACAGUCGGCAGUCGUGCUAACAGCUGUGAAGCUGAGCUCAAUGCUAACAGCAGCAUGCUAACAAGCUAACACUAGCAUGAUGUCAGCAGUUGAUCCUGAGAGAAACAUGAAGGUUUGAACCUGUUAGCGACAGAAAGAACUCUGUCCUGCAAAACGUCUUGUGACAAUCAGAAAAGAUUCAAAGAUGAGAAUUUUAAUUUAUACGUCGCUGCGAGUCUGUGAUGAAACGCUGUGCAGGAUCAUUCAGACAGCGUCCAUGUUCCACCGUACGCCCACCAUGUUGUGAUGAAUGUGUGAGAGAAUGUUUCUUCAGCAGUUUGAGGAGAUUUUCGAACGAGACAGUCACGUUUUCAUUUUGUGUAAGCUAACUAUCCAGACUUGACUUUGGAAACGAUGAUGAAGAUGUUGCUGAGGGACGAAGGUGAGAGAGCGUCCUCACAUCUGGACGAGCUGAUUAUUUAACAUUAAACUCAAGUCAAAGUUUUAAUUUAAUUUCCUGUCUUGAAUCAUCUUUGAAAAACUCCUCAAGUCAUUGUUGGAAGUUUUUGACUGUAAAAAAUGAAACCUUCAAAGCCUGUAACACACACACACACACACCUGUGUCAUGUUGUAUUCACACAUUAACAUGUUAUGAGUUUUAAUUUGAAUUAUUUUUUAUCAAUAAAAACAUUUUUCUUCUGAGAAAAUUCCAGGUUUAGUUUUUAAAAAAGUUUAGUUUUUAUUUCAUUUUUCAGAUAAAGAAUCUUUUAAAACCAUCCUGAUGAAAACACGAGUUUAAGACUCGAGCCAUUGUGACGUUUCUGUGAACAUGGACUUUGUUUGGCAGCAGAAGAAAAAGUUUAAAGUCUAUAUUUCUAACAGACGCAGGUUUUGUAAAGUUCUUUGUAUUGAGAUCAUCGAUCGUGUUGUUGAGCGUUGUGGUGUUUGUGCUUCGUUUGUUUGUGACGUGAACUUCAAUAAAUC